AAGCUGGCUCGAUGGCCCUUCGCCCCAACUGUGGGUGCUGAGGCGAGCCAUGGCACCGUCGGCCUUCGAAGAGCUUUGCAAGCAGAAGAAGGCCAGAGAAUGGCGGACCACCUUGGCGACGCCCAUUUUCACGGAGAAGCUGUUGCUGGACAUGACCCCAGAGGAGCUGGAAGCGCACUACCAGCACGUCGUUGACCGCGCCAGAGAGACGAAGGAGGACCGCGCGCUGCUGGUGCUGGAGAGGACGCAGGAAGGUCGCCUGGAGCGGCAGGCCAUGAAGGCCUGGGCGCAGCAGCAGCGUGAGGUGGGCAAGGUGACCGCUGAGCAGGUGCCAGAGAUGCUGGAGGGCCUGAGAUACGAGAUCUCUAACAAUGAGGUCCACUUCUUGCUCCGGCAGUUUGGAGCCACCGAGGGCUUUGACAUGAUCCGGGAGAGAGAGCUGACCCAGCACGAGUGGCUGUGGCUCGUGGGCGAAUGUCAGAUCCUGAAGGAGUCCUACAAGCACGUGAAGAGGGAGGAGUGGGAGGCUGAAUAUGCCAACCUGGUGCGAAAGCGAGUCCUCGAGGAGCUCAAGCCGGACAUGCCAGCCGCAGGUGAGGUUGGAUGGUGGUGGACUGCCGGGGAGAAGGCUGGGCAUGCCACUUCGCUCAGCAAGUUCGCUUGGGGCACACAGCCAGAGAUCGAAGAGAAACUUCUUCAGCAGAUGGAAAUGUUUAUUGGACCCAGGCUCAAAGCGCUUGAGGGCACAGCCGGAAAGAUGCUCGGCAGUGGAUGUGCCUGACGGUGUGCAGGAGUCCAAGGAGUAGCUUCCAGGCAGUCGCCUAACUCGUUCGAG